AUGGCACUGGGCGAGAGAAAGACUUUAGCAGGCGAGUGGCUUUUUAAAGGUCUGCAGAGGGUGGCUGGGUUCUUGCGGAUCUUGCCUUUGCCUUUUGAUCUUAAGUUCUUGCUCUUCCUAUGGAUUGAGUUCUUGGGAAGUCUGGCUUAUCGGUCGUGGGUAAGUGGCUGGCGCAAAGAAAUAGAUCAACAGGCAGAAGAAGCGACAGACAAGACCGACACGACUAAGCAUAAAAAGGUAGCAGUCUUGCUAGAUGGAACUUCAUGUCGAGGGCAAGUGAUUCUAGAACGACUAAUUACGAUGGGAUAUUUAGUGAUUUAUCCGGAUGGAUCUUCAGCUAGUUCGGACGACCGAGUGAGUAUUAAGGCUACACUAGAUAGAGAAGAGUCAGCAGAAGCAUUUAUUAAAAAGGUGGCCGUACGUAAUCCAAAGGUCGACCUACUAGUGGUCAACCGCCAGCGAUACGUACGCUUCUCCAAGAAGUCCAAUCCAAUUCCGGCCCUAGAGAAGAAGAUCAUUCCUUCUAAGAAGAAGAAAGGCUUCAUUACUAAGCACGGAUCGUACCGCGAGUUAGACCGUAUUAUGCUCGAGAAGGACCCAAACUUACGUCAUAAUUACUUGCUCAACUUCCUGGUGGUUCGAGGUCUGGCUGAAGCCUUGAAGAGUGGUGAGGGCGUGGUUGUGUUCUGUACUGGACGGGUGUUCAACUUAGUACAAAGCACUGUCGCUCAGGUAACUCUACCCAGUCUCUUCUUUUCCUUCUGUUACAGCCAAAUGAGCGUAGUCCUGUUGGGUUUGGGAACCAAGUCAAGGUAUAGCUAUUUAGAUGUGCGCGUGGUAAGUACGGGGGUAGGCCUAGCGGAUAUCUUUGGUUGGUCUAUACUAAGAAACAAGCUGUUUUCAUUUUGGGCGACUAAUACGUCGGAAUAUGAAGCAGCCGUAGUAAAGGCUAUUAUAGCCAAGAAGAGAAAGGAAUUAGUGACCUAUGCUGAUGCUGUGUUUAAGUUGCCUUUUGAUAGUAACAUUGAUGGAUACGAUCGGGCCAAUGAUCUUUGGGAGCAGGCAGAAAUGAUAUCAUAG